CCCCGGUUGCCAUGGUGGUGUUUGGGCGGCCUUCCUUGAGGCGUCUCGGGGCCUGCUUGGGGUGGUGGGGCCCCCGGGGCGCCGCUCUUCAGCUGCGGCAAACGCCGCGGAGGCUGAAGAGCACGAAUCCAUUCACUCGAGAACAGGAGCAGGAGUGGCGGCGGCGGAACCGCACCGUCCUCACGUAUGUGGCCGCGGCAGCCGUGGGCAUGGUCGGGGCGUCUUACGCUGCUGUUCCCCUCUACCGCCUGUACUGCCAGACUACAGGACUUGGUGGAUCACCUGUAGCAGGUCAUGCUUCAGACCAGAUUGAGACUAUGGUACCUGUUAAAGACCGAAUCAUUAAAGUAACCUUCAAUGCAGAUGUGCAUGCAAGUCUCCACUGGAAUUUUAAGCCUCAACAAACAGAAAUAUAUGUAGUACCAGGAGAGACUGCACUGGCAUUUUACAAAGCUAAGAAUCCUACUGACAAAUCAAUAAUUGGAAUUUCUACAUAUAAUGUUGUGCCAUUUGAAGCUGGACAGUAUUUUAAUAAAAUACAGUGCUUCUGUUUUGAAGAACAAAGGCUUAAUCCUCAAGAGGAAGUAGACAUGCCAGUAUUUUUCUUCAUUGAUCCUGAAUUUGCUGAAGAUCCCAAAAUGGCAAAAGUUGAUGUGAUCACUCUCUCUUACACAUUUUUUGAAGCAAAAGAAGGACAUAAAUUACCAGUCCCAGGUUAUAACUGAAAUAAGAAAUUUCUUUCCUUUGUUCUUUCUAAUUUUUUUUGUCUCAAUUUUAUAAUUUUUGGAAAAUCAUGUUCUCAGGAUGAAAGAGGAAUAUUAGUGGGAAAACCAUUUUUAUUUUAAACCAGAAUCAUAAGUAACUUUUUUUUAUGAAUACCCUUUAAAAUCUCUUAGCUUGUAUGAGGCUAUAAAAAUAGAGAUACUACUAAAAAAACCCAGGUGUAGAUUUUGACUAAAAACAACUUUGCAGAUUUGUAAGGUAACAUUCAAAUCAUUUUUUCCUUUGGAGUGGUAUAUCAAAAAAAGAAAGAUCAGUAUGCAAGUAUGGAACUGAUAAUCUGUUAAAGAUCAUUUAAAUACCAAAAAAGCUUUUUGCUCUAAAAUGGUGUCCCAAUAGAUCACCUCAUUCAGGUCUUCUGUUAAAGAUGAAGAUGCUGGAGCCCAGAGAGAUAAAAUGAUUUGCCUAACAUACAGCUAGUUAUUGGCUAGCAUCCAGGUCUCCAACUAGCCAGAUCUUUCCAUUAUGCCAUCAUGGUUAUCUGGAAAUGCAUUUUGCUGCUAUUUUUUAAAAAUCUGUUUCUGUAGUCAGUAAUUUUUAAAAAUAGCAUGUACUUCAUUAUUCAAACAGAAGUCUGGUCAAUCAUUUGCAAAAGUGUUAUUCCAUGAUACUUUCCCUAGACUCAUGCUGCCUAUGCUAAUUUAUAGGCUAAGUUACUAAAACCCUACAAAGUUUGUGAAGUCACUCUAUAUAUAUAAAAUAUCUGUAUAUAGAAGCAAAAGGAUUAUAAUCUACUCCGGGGCAAAGAGCAAAUAUAGGAUUUGAAUUUCAAACUCUUUAAAUUGUUUUUUCCUCACUAAAAUUCAAUUGCUGUUUUAAAUUUGCAAUAUUUAAGUGUUUCAAUUUUUUGGUAAUUGGCACAGAAAUAAUGCCCUUGUAAAUUGGAAAUGGAGUAUAUUGGUAUUUCUACCAGAUUAUAUUUAUAGUGAGGGCUCCAAACAAUUGGAUACUUACCAUCUCAUUGUAUGUAUGGUACUAUGUGCUUUUUCUUAGCAUCAAAAACUCUUUUGUGAAGAAACAAUGUUAACUUGUAUAUUAAAUUAUUUUUAAUACUA